AUGGAUACUAAUGAAACAAUUUAUUCAGAUAGUGAUGGUGUGGAGAACGCGUCGGAGGGUCAGACUGCUCUCGACUCUGAUGACAGUCUGCCGAUUAAUAGGAGGGUCCGAUCUAUCGGGAAACGGCCCCGACUGCACUUGACCUCGUUGUCGCCAACAUCUGACGAUGAGAGUCAUCUGCCGCUGACUGCGCUAGCUCGCAAGCGCAGCAGCCAAAGAGAAGCGGCCUCGCGCGAGAAAGCGCUUGAGGCAGAGGUCUUGGAGGCGGAGGAAGGACGCCGGGCAAUGGGUGUCGAUGUAGGCGACGUCCGCACUGUCGAAGCCUUGGGCGUGCAAGUCGCGAAGGACGUCGACAUUAUAUUAAAAGUGGCGACGAGAUCGACGAACCUGAAGGGGACCUUCGUAAAGGCCUUGAAGAACGCGGCCUCGUCGAUCAGCAUUGCGGUGGAGUCGCUUAAAGAGCGUACCUCCUCAGACGAGGUCCGCAAACUCCAAGCGGAGAACACUCGGCUGAGGAGGGACGUUGAAGAAUUGAAGCUGCAGAUGGCGGAACUGGCCAAAAAUAAGCCCUUUCAACCUGUCUCUGGUCCAGCACAGGACACACAGAGUGAGACGGACAGAGAGGAUCGGAUGCGAGCGUCCUUGCUCUCUUCGAUCAAGGAGAUGCUCGACACCCGCCUCGCAGACAUCGAGGAGAGGCUGCCGCCGGCGAAGACAGUCCGUCCGCCGCUAGCAGCAGAUACUACAGGGGUUGCGUUGCAGGCGCCGCCACCAGCGAAGAAGAAAAAGGUGGCGCGAAAGGCGAAAGCCGCCACGGUCUCCACGGCCACUGUGACGGCUGUUGGCGAUGCGACGGUGACCCGACCUCGUGACGACGAAUGGGUCGCCGUUGUUAAAAAGAAAAAGAAGAAGAAGGGCAAGGACAAACCUCCUGCGUCGGGUGCCGCUGCUGCGAAGUCACCGCAGCAGCGAAAGAACAGAAAGAAGAAGGCGAAAUCCCGUCCUCCCAGGUUGGUGGCCCCCCGUAGGCCCGCAGUGAUUAUGACACUGGAGCCAGAAGCAGAGGAACAGGGGGUCACCUACAGCCACUUACUCAAGCGGGCUGCGGAAACGCUGAAUUUGGCUGACCUGGGAAUAAGUGAAGGGUUGACCGUGCGCACUGCCGCAACCGGAGGCAGGCUGUUGGAGCUGGCGAAAGGCCAGACUUCGGAAGCGGCACAGCGUCUGGCGCAGGAGCUCGACCGCGUCCUCGAAGGCACGGCGAGAGUCGUCCAGCCCAUGAAGCUCGCGAGUCUUCGAAUUUCUGGACUGGAUGACUCCGUCACUAAACAAAUGGUGGCAGAGGCGGCAGCCAAGGCCACCAAAUGCGACGUCGGCGUCAUCAAAACCGGUGAGGUCACGACUGGACCAGGAGGGAUGGGCGCCUCAAUAUUAAGGUGUCCGAUCCCUGCCGCGAAGGCUCUGGCACAGGCAGGCAGACUACUUGUCGGCUGGAGCUCUGCCAGAGUCACACUGCUGGAGCAGCGUCCUUUGCGCUGCUUCAAAUGUAUGGGCAUAGGGCACACCCGUCCAACAUGUCCCUUCGCGGUGGACCGGAGUGGUUUGUGCUACCGGUGCGGCAAGGAGGGGCAUAUUGCCAAAAACUGCACCGAGGCUCCGAGUUGUGCUGUAUGCACCAGCGCCGGAAAACCGGCGUCGCAUAUAAUGGGAGGGCGGGUUUGUCGUCCCCCAAAGGUCCGACGAAUGGCGGUGGGGCGUGCCCCCCCUCCAAAUAGUCGAAAAGCUGCGGAGGAGGCUGCGGCGAUGUCGUCGUAG